AUGAAAGAUUGAAAUGAAACCUGGAGAAGUGUGUUGGCUUGAAUUAAAACUCAUUUAACAUACAGAAUCCGCAAUGAGGUGUUGCAGCACUAGCGUGCGUCAGAUCUCCAUUGCCUCUGAGCCUCAUCGCACGUUUUUUCUCAAGCUAGAGUGGGCUGAGGAUCUUGGAUCUGGCUUUGUUAUCCUUCUGUCCGAUGGCAUCUCUGCAUGGAGUGGUGAAGUUUCAGAGGAGGAUGUGUCCCGUGAAGCUCAGGAGAUCGAGAUGGAGCGGGAGAGGUAUGUUGGUGACCUGCAGCUGGCUCUGACCGGAGAGGGACCGGCAGCGGAGGGGGAAUACAGCUUCCACCUGACACCCGAGAGACCCGGCCACCCCCUGCUGCAGCUGUCUUAUGAGAAGGUGCAGAACGACAUCUCGUUCAGGCUCGGCGUGGUGGAUCUGCAGGCAGUGCCUGAGCCCACUGAAGUCAUAAGGGAGCUCAUUAGUCAUGGCCUGGAGCAGAGCGCACGUCUACAGGCCAAAAACCAGCACCUGCUUGAGGAGAACCAGAAGCUGAGGAGAGAACAGGAACACAUCACUAAAGAGAUGCAAAGGUACGUCCAGGGGAAGGAGAAGUUGGAGAGAGACCUGUACAGCCGAUUUGUGCUGGUCCUAAACGAGAAGAAAGUCAAACUCAGAGCUCUGCAGAAAAGUGUCAAAGAGCUGGAGAAAUCUGUUGAAGAGAAUCGACUGAGGAAAAAGGCAGAUAGUGAAGACCACAAGGCGAUGGAGACUGCGGCAGAUAAAAGUCCUGGAGAGAGUGAUUAUGGAGGUAGUACAGAAGAUGAACAGGAGGCUGAACACAGACAGCCAGACCCAAAGCCUCUUACACAAGAGAUGCCAGAAAGCAACCCGAUGGAUGACAGCUUAAAUGACAUCACAGAUGUGGCGCCCUGCCGAAAACGCCGCCACCGUCAUCUCCAACAGCUGGAGACGCAAGCCAAACGAGCAGCACUGGACCAGCGACAGAGAUCCAGAGAGAAGCUGACGGAAGAUGCCAAAGCCGAGACGAGCAAGACGUCAACCGUCCAACCGAAACCAGCAAGCGCUGCUGCGAACGUUGAUCCUGACGACCUGUUCGAUGAUAUAUGACCUUCUUUAGGACCUAAUGAGCACCGUUUGUGAUAAGCAUGACUUUUGAACUGUUUUUAAACUGUAGCAGUAAUAAAAUUAGACUUUUUUAAAAGUAUUUUAUAGUAAAUAUGAACUGGCUCUAUAAUAAACAAUGAAAGUUUAAAAAAGAACACUACUUUUUAAUGAAAAGUGAAGCAAAAUUUUGAAUUUGUCAAUUUUUAACUGUAAGUUGUGAAUAAAUCUAAAAAAUGUGAAUAAAGAUGUUUUUCUCA